GGCAACACGGCUUACUUGCCACACUCGCGCUGGCUUCGCCGUGAAGUUAAAACGUCCAUAAAGCUAGCUCUCCUCUCCGUGAAAAGCCUCCACAGAGACAACGUAGAUAUCAAACGACACAUACUUUUACUCACAUGUUUGACAACAACAACGCUAUUUUUCCUUCUAUUUUUAAAGAACUCACAUCGGAUAUGACUCCAACGGUCGACACAACCUGCAGCGACUUCACCUGAGAUCCAGUGUGACGACGGAAUAACGCUUUAAAUCACAUUUUCACACACUGGAAAGCAGACUUGCUGUGUAAAACUUUCCACCGGAGGGAUAAAGAAGCACUAAUGGGUGCCGUUUUCGUUUAAAAAAAAAAAAAAACCUCGUUACCUGCCGCCGUGGACCGCUAGAUGGGACGCAGAUAGAAAUGUUUGGUCAAGUCAAGUUCCAGGUUGGGAGGUCAGCAGCCAUGUCAGGGGUCGCUCGUUUUGGGAAAUGAUUACUCGCAGCACCGACGGUAAAAUAAUGGUCAGAAGAUGUCUCGUGACGUUCAAACCGUUCAGGAUAUUCGUGGUGGGAAUAGGCUUCUUCAGCCUUUGCUUUCUAAUGACCUCUCUGGGGGGGCAGUUCUCAGCCAAGAGACUGGGGGACUCCCCCUUCACCAUCCGCACAGAAGUGCUGGGAGGCGUGGAGUCCCGUGGCGUGCUGAGGAAGAUCAGUGACAUGCUAGAGGUGAUUCUGAAGAGGAUGGACAGCCUGUCCAAACUCGACAACACGUCCAGCACUGACGCACGGCGCCUGGAUGAGCUCAGCUCUGCUAUCAACAGGUUUCAACCAGACGGCCUAGUGGAGAGGAUCCAAGCCAUUGCCCAGAAUGUCUCCAACAUGGCCACCAGGGUGGAGCAGAUACUGCAAAACAGCAUGGUGCAAGGAAGAGCAGUGAGAGAUGGGACGUCAAGCCAGUGUGAAAUACCAAGAGACCCCCGCUUUCCAGAGUGUCCUGGGAAAGUAGAUUGGAUGCGCGCACGUUGGACAUCGGACCCUUGCUAUGCCUUCUACGGUGUCGACGGUUCAGACUGCUCCUUCCUCGUCUACCUGAGCGAGGUGGAGUGGUUCUGCCCCCCGAUGUCCUGGAGGAACCAGAGCAGUCUCCCCACCCAGUAUGUACUCCAGCCAAAGGCCCCCAAGAGACAGGCUGCCUUCCGCACAGACCUCUCUGUGCUGCUGGACCAGGUCGGGGCAGGAAAGGAGUCUCUCAGCUUCAUGAAGCGCAGAAUCCGCCGGCUCGCACAGCAGUGGGCAACAGCCGCCAAUCGUCUGGAUGCCAAGCUGGAGCAACGAUGGAGGGACCAGAAGAAGAUCCUAGUCCAUGUAGGCUUCCUAACAGAGGAGUCUGGAGAUGUUUUCAGCCCCAAAGUGCUGAAGGGGGGUCCUCUGGGAGAGAUGGUCCAGUGGGCUGAUAUCCUCACUGCCCUCCAUGUUUUGGGACACAACCUCAAGAUCUCCAUGUCUGUCAAGGAGCUGCAGGGGUUCCUCGGUGUGCCCCCUGGCAGAGGUAGUUGCCCACUGACUGGCCCGCUGCCCUUUGACCUCAUCUACACUGACUACCACGGCAUGCAGCAGAUGAAGCAACACAUGGGGCUCUCACUCAGGAAACACAAAUGUCACAUCCGAGUGAUUGACACGUUUGGGACGGAGCCAGCUUACAAUCAUGAGGAGUAUGCAACGCUGCACGGCUACCGGACCAACUGGGGCUACUGGAACCUCAACGCCAGGCAGUACAUGACCAUGUUCCCGCACACACCAGACAACUCAUUCAUGGGCUUCGUUUCGGAGGAGCUGAAUGAGACGGAGAAGAGGAGCAUCCAGCAGAACAAAGUCAACAACAUGGCCGUGGUGUACGGGAAAGAGGCCAGCAUGUGGAAGCUUCAGCAGGGUAAGGAUGGUUUCCUGCAGAUUCUCCACAAAUAUAUGGAGGUCCACGGCACAGUGUACUAUGAGACCCAGAGACCUCCGGAGGUCCCGGCUUUCGUGAAGAACCACGGCCUGCUGCCCCAGCAUGAGCUGCAGCAACUGCUGCGCAAGGCCAAGCUCUUCAUUGGCUUUGGUUUCCCCUACGAAGGCCCGGCCCCUCUGGAAGCAAUAGCCAAUGGCUGCAUCUUCCUGCAGCCCAAGUUCCACCCGCCUCACAGCUCGCUCAAUCAUGAGUUCUUCAGAGGAAAGCCCACUUCUAGAGAGGUGUCCUCCCAGCACCCGUAUGCAGAGCAGUACAUCGGCAGACCUCAUGUCAUGACGGUGGACUACAACAACUCGCAGGAGUUCGACUCUGCCAUCAGGGAAAUCAUGAGGACCAAGGUUGAGCCAUAUCUGCCUUAUGAAUACACCUGUGAGGGGAUGCUGGAGAGAGUUCAUGCCUACAUACAGCAUCAGGACUUCUGUGCCCUCGAGCCUCCCUUCAUUCCAGCCAACCUCUCCAGACAGGGGUCUGCUGGUGGCGGCAGGAUUACAGGACCUCUGUUUGUGCACCUGCGCAAUUCCACAGCCCUCGGCUGGGCAUCCAAUGUGACGGCGCCCCCCGCCUGGCCUCCUCUCAGCUCCCUCAGGCUGCUCGUAUCUCAAGAGGGCCAGUCCUGUGUGGAGGCGUGCUAUUCAGAUGGUUUCAUCUGUGAGCCCGCUCUCUUCCACUUCAUCAACAACAAGGAGGCCCUGCGUAGGUUGGAGGUGCAGUGCGAUGUGGUCGACUCCGAGAUCAACCACAUCCUUCCAGCCUUCUCGGUGUUGCGGCGGGAGUGUGGCCUCCAGCGGGAACCCCUCCUCUUCAGCUGUGCAGGACAUUCCCCCAAAUACAGACGGCUUUGCCCCUGCAGGGACUUCCGCCGCGGCCAAGUGGCGCUGUGCAGAGACUGUCUAUAAUGACGGGACAGGUGAAGGACAGACACAAGAGAAUUAGACACUGAUUGGCGGGGGUGUGAAAGGGAAGGCACCCACAGGCCAGAACGGGUGUAGAGCUGUGACAAACAACAAUGGUGCAGAGAGGCAGCUUUCUCCCAAAAAAACAGUAAAUGUAGGAUAAUGAGGAACAGGCAUGCAUGGAUUUGAAGAGCUAAAGGUAGGCCCGAAUAGCUGCCAGGCUGUAAGUGAGGAUUGUGUUUGUCUGUAGUUGUUAUAACAGCUGUUAACUUGCUGGAGAUGAAAAGCAGUAAGACUUUGUAGAACAGGGCUCCAAUGAUACCAGGUGUCAUUACAACCAGGGGCAAAGGGUGGGUUACCAUUCACCAUGCCAACAAACUUUCACAUUGAACCUCCGACUACAGGUCUAGUUUCUACAUGAGGGUUGACCGGUGAUAUGAUAUACAAAUAUGCACUUGAAGAAGCGUGCGACUGCAGAGAAACUCAGUAUUGGGACUAUAGUGUCAUUCCAUGACAGAGUCUUCAAAUAUCCUGGCUUGGAGAAGGCAACCUCGGGUCAAUAUCCAAUCUCCUCUCUGCACGUGGACAAAGGAUGAUUGACAACCGGGUUAUCUCCCUCGCUUUUCCUCCCGUCCUCCAAUGAUGGACAGAGUAAUUUAUCAGACUGAACUCCAAGUCUGAGCCAACAUCGUUCAAUGCAAUCAUCUCUUGUCGCAAAAAAAAGAAAGGAGGCGGACGAAAGAGGACAAAAAUAAAGGGUACGAGAUUAUUUUUCAAUAAAUAAGCCUUGAGAGCUCUCAACGAGAUUUUUAAAGAGUCCUCCGGGCUAUAUGGUGGGGAAAAAAUCAUAAAAUAAAAAAAGUCUGAACUGA